AACAUUAUUCACCUCUACACCGUGUGAAUAUUGUUCAAACCCCUCAUCUUAAGAUCUCAGUCUCUUUCAGUUUCUUCGUCUUCUUCUUCUUCCUUCUCAUCUUCCUCCUCUUCUCUUUGCUCGAGCUUUCUGUUCUCAACUGCUUCGCUUAACUUUUCGCACACUUCCUCCUUUACUUGCUUUUCGUCUCCUCCAACUGUUAUUUACUGUUUGGUGCUCUUGUUUGGCUUCUUCAUUCAACUACUGUGUUUAUUAUUGCUUUGUGCGUGAAACUGAUCAUAACCUUGAACCUGUUUUCAUUACCUAUCUCAAAACUUCAGGAGGACAAACAGCAAUUGACAAUGCAACCUGAGUUUUGUAUCACCCGCCCAAGCGGAGCUGUCACUGCACUUAUUGCAGUCGACGAAUUGCCUCCCUUUGUAACCAUUCGUGGUGUUCCUCGCUGUCUAGGUCAAAUCGACCAUGCGAAUGGGAUGGAGAAUCUGGGGACUGUGAACGCUCGUGGUCAGUUCUAUACCAUCGACGUCGCUGUCAAUGGCAAUACUCAUGCCAUUAAUGCUGAAAUGGCCAAUGGAGAGUCCAAUGCGGAAACGGCUAUGGCACCCCAGUCUGCUAUUACGAUUGGUGGGGAUGGAAUCUUUCGUCAAGCUAGGGGUGUUGAUGCUGUGAUUUGGAACCCCAGUUCUGAGGAACGCACCAUUAUGGCGUGGAGAAACGGAGUAAACGACAACACUGUUGCCAACACUGGCCAGGAGCUCGUGAAGUUGGAUGACACCCCAUCCCGAAACAUAGGGGCCGGGUCUCAGAAUGUGAAAAACCCAAAAACCACUCCCAAAAAGGAGUAUUGCUCUUACUGGAUCCGUCGCGGGGAGUGUGACUAUGCGCAGCAGGGAUGUCUUUACAAGCACGAUAUGCCUAGAGAUGCUGAAACCUUGGGACGCCUUGGGCUUCGUGAUAUCCCCCGCUGGUAUCGUGAGAAGUAUAAGGUCAAAAGCAUCGUUGGGUCUGAUGGAAACGACUCACGCACGAUCGCUGGACGUAGCUGGAGGCAGACGGGCCCAAUGGCACCAGUCCCAGUCCCUAGAUUCGCGUUGCCUCCCCCAAGAUUCAACGUAGGGGUCACUGAAGGAGAAGUUGCAAACGGUGCACUUAGCUACGCUCCAGUUGCUGGCGCGACUUUUGGUCCAAAUGAGGCCCGAUUUGCCCGUGAGAUGGGAGUGCACAUGAUGCAUCCUGCUAUCCGCUCUUCUCUACCAGAAGAAAUCAAUAGGGGAUUGUCCAUGGCUGGUGACAAAGCAGUUUGGGGAGAUUUCGGCCUUGUUUCACAGAGUUCUCAAGGCAUGUUGGCAGGAACUCCUGUCCAGACUGUAGGCUGUAACAAUGUGAUGGAUGUCAUUCAGCGAUCUGCUGUUCAUGAGCCUGUUGGCUUCUGUGCACCCAGCCCUGCGGUUCCCACUGGGGUGAACACUAUGGCUUUUGUCAACCCUGCAAACACUGCAGCAAACCAGCAUCCGCACAGCCAGAACAAUGGCUCUGGAACUCACUCCAUCUGGGCUGUGACUAACCGCAUCAACAAUGACAUGGCCUCCCGCCUCCUUCCUCCAUUUAACUCCAUGGCUGUGACUGGGCCGCAGCGACCAAUGACUCCUGAACCACUUGCGACCCACAAGUUGAAUCCCUCUGCUUUCAACAGCCCGUUCCCAGCUGAAGGCGCGAUCCGCAACACGCCGGCUUCGACCACCUACAGCCAUGCCGGACGCGUUUCCUCCUUCUCAACCCCUGUCCGCUCUCCGCCUCGCAGGCAAGCCUUCCGCUCUGCCAAUUCCGCAUGGGCAAUGGAGCCUGUUCGUGGCACUGCAACACCUGGUCCUAAUGAAAACACCACCGGUACUCGCGCCGCCCAUUUCGGUGACAUCGUCCGCUAUGGCAGUCCCAACCCCUCUCUCAAGCCAAUUGGGCACAACCAGAACGGUAUGGAUUGGCGUCAGCGCCGUAUGAAGCAGAUUGCAAAGAAUGAUCCCUUUGGACUUGGCCUCAAUGACGGCACCAGCCGCCAUGAACGCAACUAAAAGGUUUCUAUCAGAGCAGAGCUUUCUUAAAGGCUACAUUCCCUGCGCCUAUCCUCCUCCCAACUGAGGUGAUGGAUUUUCGCUUCGCCCAAUAAUUCUUGGGUUUUGAGACCAGAGACGUCCUGAGUUUUUCUUUUCGAUUCUUGAUGUUGUUAAGUGAAUGACAAUUGCCCCCUGUCCCCUUAUUUUCAAACAACCCCUUUGUAAUUGUUUAUUUUUUUCAUUUUUUUCAUUUUCAUUUUUCUUUUUAAUCAUUCAAUCAGGCCUUUUCCUUGGUGUACCCUUCGAAGUCAGAUUCAUGUACUGAGCACCUAUAUGUUCAGUCCACUGUAUUGGAUUUCUUGUGAUAUAAUAGCGUUGGACCAAAGAUAUUGGGUCCCCCCUUCCCUUCGAUGGCUGUGUUCCGCAAGCCUAUAACCCACUGCACCUCUGUUUAUUAUCACUGAGGCGGAAAAAAUAUACCCCUGAAGAUGCGUAUGAUUUUUUCUUUUUUUCUUUUACGAUCAGCACAGGCAUGUUUCUUUCUGUAUUUAGUUAGGUUCAGCAGCACCCGCCCAUUCCCGCGGCAUUGAAAGAUGGUGGCUCAGCUUGUUCCCCCCCCCUAAGAUAGCGCUAUUAUAUGAAUUAAAAAAAGAAAAAAAAAUUUGUCUCUUUUGGC